AUGAAAUAUGCCCAACUAGUUAUAGGUCCUGCUGGAUCAGGUAAAUCUACAUAUUGUUCAAUUAUUCAAAAACAUUGUGAAGUAUUAGGUAGAUCCUGUCAUAUUGUUAACCUUGAUCCAGCUGCUGAAGAUUUUAGAUAUACAUGUUCAAUUGAUAUACGUGAAUUAAUUAGUCUAGAUGAUGUUAUGGAAGAGCUUCAUUUAGGACCUAAUGGUGGACAAAUAUUUGCAAUGGAGUACUUUAUUCAAAAUUUAGAUUGGCUUGAAGAAAAGCUUGAGAUUGGUUAUGGGGAUCAUCAAUAUAUUCUAUUUGAUUGUCCUGGGCAAAUUGAACUAUUUACACACCUACCAAUAAUGAAAAUAUUUAUAGAAUCACUUAAAAAUUGGGAUUUUAGGGUUUGUGGUAUUUAUUGUCUAGAUGUUGGAUUUUUAACUGAUGCAAGUAAAUUUGUAGCAGGAUCAGUAGCUACCUUGAGUGCAAUGGUACAACUAGAAAUAUUUCAUGUCAAUGUCUUAACAAAAUGUGAUCUAGUAGAAGAUGAGCAAUUAAUAUAUACAAUUUUACAGAAAGAUGCCAUUUCACUUGUCACAGAUUUAGAAAAAACAAUGCCAAUCCAUAUAAAACCUUUAAAUAUGGCUUUAGCAAAUUUACUAGAAGAUUAUAGUAUGGUGUCUUAUGUAUGUCUUAAACCUGAUGAUGAAGAUUCUAUUGGACAAGUAUUAUUAGCUAUUGAUAUGAAUUUUCAAUACUAUGAUGAUAAAGAGCCAAAUACAAAUUUUGACUUAGCAGAUAUAACUGGUAAUGAUGAUUUUGAAUAG